AUGGCUUCUCAAGUCGAUCAUAACAAAUACAAUUCGCCCUUGGUGUCACGUUAUGCCAGUAAGGAUAUGAUCUACAAUUUUAGCGACCAGAAAAAGUUUUCUACUUGGAGACGUUUGUGGACUUUCCUUGCUAAAGCCGAAAAGGAGCUAGGUUUAGAUAUUAGUGAUGAUCAGAUAAAAGAAAUGGAGGAGAAUAUUGAGAAGAUAGAUUUUAUCAAGGCUGCUGAAGAAGAGAAAAAGACUCGCCAUGAUGUAAUGGCUCACGUUCACACAUUUGGUAUUUGUUCUCCUAAGGCUGAUGGUAUUAUUCAUCUUGGUACUACGUCAGCUUAUGUAGGAGAUAACACUGAUAUCAUUGUGAUGAGAGAUGCAUUUGAUUUAUUAUUACCUAAAUUAGCAAGGUGUAUUCAAAGAUUGUCUCAUUUCGCCAACCAGUUUAAAGAUCUGCCUUGUCUAUCUUAUACACAUUUACAACCUGCUCAGCUAUGUACAGUGGGAAAAAGGGCGUGUAUCUGGUUGCAAGAUCUUCUCAUGGAUUUAAGAAAUUUAGAAAGAGCUCAAAAAGAUUUAAGAUUCCGUGGUGUUAAGGGUACAACAGGAACUCAAGCUAGUUUUCUGGCUCUAUUUGAUGGGGAUAUAGAUAUGGUGCAUAAAUUGGAUGAUCUGGUAACACAAUAUGCAGGAUUUAAAAGCCAUUUCUUAAUUUGUGGGCAAACUUACACUAGGAAAGUUGAUAUAGAUUGUCUUUCUACCUUAGCCAGUUUGGGAUCAUCAGUUCAUAAGAUUUGCACUGAUAUAAGAUUAUUGGCUAAUUUUAAAGAAAUUGAAGAACCUUUUGAAAAAGAGCAAAUUGGAUCCAGUGCUAUGCCGUAUAAGAGAAAUCCUAUGCGAAGUGAAAGAUGUUGUGCGUUGUCCAGACAUUUAAUGUGUUUAAUACAAGAUCCAUUGAUGACACAAUCAGUUCAGUGGAUGGAGAGAUCGUUAGAUGAUAGUGCCAAUAGGAGAAUAAGUAUAGCUGAAUCAUUUUUAACUGCAGAUUGUUUACUAGGAACUUUACAGAAUAUAUUUGAAGGUUUAGUUGUUUAUCCCAAGGUGAUAGAAAGAAGAGUAAAACAAGAGUUACCAUUCAUGGCUACAGAAAAUAUUAUAAUGGCUAUGGUUAAAGCAGGAGCAAAUAGACAAGUAUGUCAUGAAGAAAUAAGAGUUUUAUCUCAAGAAGCUGGUCAAGUGGUCAAACAACAAGGUUUAGAUAAUGAUUUAGUAGAACGUAUUAAAAAAUCUGAUUAUUUUAAACCAAUACAUAAACAUUUAGAUAGUCUGUUAGAUCCUUCUACCUUUACAGGCUUGGCACCUCUUCAGGUGAGCCAGUUUAUAACAGAAGAAGUAGAACCAGCUAUUAAAACCUAUUCUAAAUGUAUGGAAGGGAAAUCUGUAUUAAUUUUAUAA